AUGCAAAUUUCAUGGCAAUAUCUUUUCAUUGUUUCACUUCUUACAGUAGUCUAUGGUCAGGUUGAGACAAAGAAUAUUCGAUCAAUCUCCAGCGGUCUUUCAUUCGGAAGAUGUCGUGGUUAUUGUCAACAAUCGAUCAAUAUAACAUCAUCUCCACCUGAAUUAGUCGCAUCGAAACAACCAAACUUUCCUCAGGAAUCUUAUUCUCCAGUUCAACGACAAUUUCCAUUUUCAUCGAUUCAAUGGGAACAACUUGUCUCUCUUCUUGAUUUGGAGACAUUUACAGCAUUGGCUGAUAGAAUUGGAUGUCCUGGUUGCGCUGAUGGUGGAAUAGAAUGGAUUCAAGUCGAUUGGGCAGAUGCAACUAAACGAGUGACAUUUGAAAGUGGACAACUAUUCAAAGGACUUGAAGGAUUUGUUGUAAACUUGCGACACAUGAGAGAAGAAUAUAUUGCUCAACUUUAA